AUGUUCAGACAGUCUCGCCGUGAGACUGCUAAUCAGGGAUCUGUCCGAAAACUCCAAAAGAGGUCAAAUACCGGCAUCUUCGAUCACCACCACCCCUCGCGCAAAGACUGGAAGUCUCCUGAAAGGUCAAUCGCCAAGAUUCGAAAAGAUAGAAGGAAAAAUAUAGGACAGAUACACGAUGAAACAGACGAAGAAAGGGAGCUCACUGAGAAGGAAUGGGAUAUUCCUUAUCUACGGAACUGGUCAUUCGAUGUACCACGCCAUUCACAAGAAUUACAUGCACCGAACGUGGAGCCCGACAGAACGAUCGGCUUGGGGCUGCAACCUGGAAGACAACUAUCACCCGGCGAGACAUCGACCUGCGGUAGCCACCGCAAGUCACCGACGCAGGGAUCUUACUCUUGGCCGAGCCCUCCAAGCAGGAGAAUAGAGCAGUCAGCACCUUCCACGGUGACAGAGACAUCUCUGAACAUGACAGAGCAACAUCUUGCGCGAAUCCCCGCUCCCAAAGUGAAGCGAUUCUACCAAGAGAGAGAAUUGGAUGACAAGCUUACUGGGCCUGAGAACUAUGCCCUAUGGGCCAGGGACAUGCGGCGCAAGCUUACUGAGUCCAACGCAUGGCCGAUUAUAUCGCAAAGUCUGAGCCCUGUACCAUCAGACAGCUGCUAUCACGCACAAUGGGCCCGCCUCAACAAGCAGGCGUGGCUCCUUAUCAUCUCCAGCAUAUCCCGGGAGAUACGUCGAGAUCUCUGUGACCACUUUUGGUGGAACACGCCCGGAGCUUGGUAUUAUCUGCAGGAGACGUAUUCUUCAGUCCCGGCUACCACCCUUUGCGCUAUGCGGGGUAUAGGCGACUUGCUCAAUCUCAAGUAUGAGCAGUGCGCUUCCAUGAAGGAUUUUCUUGGUCUCAUGGUGCAAUACUGCCACGCAAUUGAGUGUAAUCAGGAGGGUAAGAGGGGCACGGAAUGGCUGUGGUGCCAAUUUAUUCUGAUGAAAUUGGGACCGAACUGGGGCGGUUGGGUUGAAGAUUUGAUAGAGAGGAUUGAAGGAAGUGACAGUGAACUGGACUCAUUGGUAGACAUGUGUCGACUGGUGGACGAUCUUCUAGGUGAGGACGAACAGCGGACACUGGCGGAGGAACGACGACGAGCGACUGCGAGCAAUCGUAAGAAAUCAAGAUUUGAGUUGGCCUAG